AUGCAGACCCGGGCCCGUACCGUCAACCGCUCCCUUCGCGAUCAACCAACCGCUGUCAAUCGCCCUGCCGCCACCCAAAAGGCCGCUGUCGCAAAGCCAGCUGCCGCUCAAAAGACGGUAGCUGCGAAACCGGUCACUACUGAGGCUGCGAAGCCAGGUAUCGUUGUACACAAGGUAGCGAAGCCUGCGUCGUCUGCUGCUCAGAAGGCCCCGAGACCGUCCGCUGUCCCGAAGCCUCCAGCUGCCGCGAAGCCCUCAGCCGCCCCGGCCGCUGCUGCUGCCCCUGCAUCAACUGCUGGUGCUGGCACCUACGUUCGCGCACCCGUCCCCAAAGCCAUCAAGCAGGUCGUCCCAAGAACGACCAAGAAACCUGCCCCUCCCAAGCGCUUCGUCGCACCCUAUAACCCCUACGAAAACAUGUCGAAAGACGGUUUCCACUGCGUGCGCUGCCACCGCGACAUCAACGUCGGCGGCGAAAAGCACUACUUCUGUCUCAUCCCCCACGUCUUCGACCGCAAUGCGUGGGAGGCUGUUGCUGAAAAGUACGAGGGUCUGGGCGGCGAUCGCGCGCUCAAGUUCGGCAAGAUCAGGGAGAUCCCGGUUACUGCACCAGCAUGCUGCUCUGACGCGCAGCUCAAUGCGCGCGGGCAGGUGGAGCUGGGAGCUCACGACGAAUACGACGCGCCACAUGAAGACAGCUAUAGUAUCCCCGACGAGGACUCAUAUCACGAGGACUCCUACCACGACGCGAGCGACCAAGAGCAUAUCGACACGCUUCUGCCGCCUAUCAUCAUUCGUUCAUCGCUAUGGAUCCCCGACGGCAACAUCGUCCUCGAGGCCGAGCACACGCAGUUCAAAUUCUACCGCGGCCUCCUCGCGCGCCACUCUACCUUCUUUCGCAACCUCUUCGACAGCAUGUUUCCCCCGGGCUCGGAUCCGCACAUCGAGGACGACAUCGAGCUCGUCGAGGGCUGCCCUGUCGUCUGCCUAGCGGACUCCGCAGACGACGUCGGCUACAUGCUGCACUUCAUCGUCGACACCCGCGCCUUUGACUACAUCCCGAGCAUCGCGAACCUGAGGUCUGCGCUGCACAUGGGGCACAAAUACCUUAUACCGUCGCUUUGGAACGACGCAAUUCGGAGGCUGCGCCACGAAUUCCCGUCUGCGCUGGAAGACUAUCAGGACACGAGGAAAUACGACGAACGGCAUGGCUUUACCAUAGAUGAGGGGGAAACGCUGUCAGACCUUGUCAAUGUCGCACAGGAAAUGGGUAUCCAAUCUAUUCUACCGGCGCUGUUGUGUCAUCUCGUCAGCACGAGUUCACUGGAUUCCCUCUCCUCCGAUUAUUCCCCCCUCAGCCUCGAUACGCGCAUAGUGCUCUUGACGGGUCGGGCGAAACUGAAGUCCGCCGCUCUCCGCGCCCAAUAUACCUGUCGCACCGGGCGUUCCACGCACUGCAUCCGCGCCAAAUGCAUCGAAGGGCAUUCACGCUUGCAAGCUGCGCUGCUAUGCCGCGUCGCCCUCAGCGACGGCGUUAUCACCGGCUUCGAGGAAUGGACGGACCGCGACGCGCGCCUGUAUGGUCGGGAGCUGUGCGAGGAGUGCGUCCUGCAGGUGCAGAUUCUGACCGAGGAGACGCAGAGGAGGUUGUGGGAGCGACUGCCUUCGUUCUUUGGUUUGCCGGAUUGGGAGGACUUGGAGGAUCCGACGGUGGUGGCGGAGAUGGCUGACUCAGCGUAG